UGGUGGCUGCUGGUGGUGGGAGCCACUGGUGGGGACCUUACUUGGGCGCCCUCCCUUUCGUGGGGUGCUAUGGAGUUCCCAGAACACAGUCAACAGCUGCUGCAGAGCCUCCGGGAGCAGCGGUCCCAGGGUUUCCUUUGUGACUGCACCGUGAUGGUGGGUAGCACCCAGUUCUUGGCACAUCGGGCUGUGCUGGCCUCCUGCAGCCCAUUCUUUCAGCUUUUUUACAAGGAGCGGGAAUUGGACAAGAGGGAUCUGGUGUGUAUUCACAACGAGAUUGUCACGGCCCCUGCUUUUGGGCUGCUUCUGGACUUUAUGUAUGCUGGCCAGCUGGCCCUGAGGGGAGAUACCCCUCUUGAGGAUGUGUUGGCAGCUGCCAGCUACUUGCAUAUGAAUGACAUYGUCAAAGUGUGUAAGCAGAGGCUGCAAGCCCGGGCCCUGGCAGAGGCAGACAGUACCAAGAAGGAGGAAGAAACCAAUUCACAGCCCCCUAGUUUGGAGUUUUUGUCCAGCACUUCCCAUGGCCCCCGGCCUUUGUUGGCAUCCCCUGAGACAUCAGGCCAUUGGGGCAAAGAGGAAUGGAAAAGCCUGGCUGCUCCUUUACCUACUGUGCGUCCUCCAGAUGAACCACCAUUGCCUGGUGGGGCUGACACUACACAGCCUGGCAUGGAGGUUGACUCACCACAUCUGCGGGCACCUCCACCACCAGUAGUUGAUGUCUCUGUUUCUCUUGCCAGUCCCAGUAGCUCCACAGAAACCAUUCCUGCAAACUACUUCUCUUCUGGCCUCCCAACAGUUUCAGUGGAACCCCUGACUCCUCUUGAUGUGGGUCCUGAGAGCCUGAGGGUGGUGGAACCAAGGGAUACUGGAGGACCUUUGCAAGGAUUCUAUCCUCCAGCUUCAGCUCCAGCUCCAACCCCAGUCUCAGCCCCAGUUUCAUCCCAGGCUCCAGCUCCAGCAGAAGCUGAGCUGGUCCAGGUGAAAGUAGAAGCUAUUGUGAUCUCUGAUGAGGAGACUGAUGUAGCAGAGGAACAGACUCAGGGUCCUGAGGGAUUGUUCCCACCUGGAAGACCAGUGUAUGGAGGACAGCCCUCCCAGCCAGAGGCUUUUGAGGAACCAGGGGCAACAGGACUGGAGGAUGGGCCAAGCGACCACUUCAUGCCUACAGACCCUCAUCUACCCUACCAUCUGCUGCCUGGUCCAGGGCAAUAUCAUCGAGGACUGGUGACCUCACCCCUGCCUGCACCCCCAGCCCUACAUGAGCCACUUUACCCACCUUCUGAGUAUGAAGCAGCCCCAGGAAACUUUGGGGUUUUUACUGAGGAUGUUCCCACUUGCAAGACAUGUGGGAAGACCUUCUCAUGCUCUUAUACACUGCGGCGACAUGCCACCGUGCACACACGGGAGCGACCCUAUGAGUGCCGCUACUGUCUGCGCAGCUACACGCAGUCAGGGGACCUCUACCGACACAUCCGCAAGGCUCACAAUGAGGAUCUGGCCAAACGCAGCAAACCAGAUCCAGAAGCUGGCUCUGUUCUAGGGGUGCAGCCCCUCCCUGGUUCUCCAACAGCAGAGAGACAGAGCAGUGGUGGACCACCCAAAGAUUUUGUAUUGGCUCCAAAAACUAAUAUCUGGGUGAGCAUGAGCUGAUACCAGCCCUGCUCUUAACAUCGUUAGAUGGCAGCACAGAGGUUGGAAGCAUCUUGUCACUCCUGUUGGGUGACAAAUGAAGGUUCUGCCUGGCCUGAAGGUUCCUACUGUUUUCUUUAUCCAGCCAGAUAUGCAGGACUUUAUGGGCCAGAACAGAUCAGCCAGCUCUCCCCAAGGGUACUGGGAAUUUUCCUGAGGUGUAAUCACUUCUUAUUCCACAUUCUGGAACAUAAAACUAGCAGU